AUGGCAGUUCAGGAACCUUACCAAGACCCAGUAAAUCAAGAAAAAACCGACUUGCAAGAUUCAUAUGAGGUUGAAGAAACACUCUCUCUAUGUGAUCUUCCCAUCUACGGCGACGCAUCCAACUGGGAUGAUUACUCAAAAGAAGAUCAAAGCUUGUCCGACGACAAUGACUUUUUCGAGUUCUUAAGCGAGGAGUUCACCGCCUCUACUUGUGCAACCACAGUGAACAAGAACAUCAUCUUCUGCGGUAAACUCAUCCCCUGCAAAGACCUACCCGAACCCGAAAAAACACAGAACCAAGAAAGCACCCCCAACACAAAGCGCGCGAAGACGGGCUUUCUUCGAUGGAAAUCACUCUCUUUCAACAAAAUAAGGAGCUCCUCAAAAUACAGCUCGAAGCUGCCAGAAGAUAAAGAUUCGAAAACUUUGGCAUUACCUUCACCAAAAGGUUAUGCUUACGGUACUAGUAAUUGUGAUUUUUCAGUAGGGAAGGUGUCGAUGCUGGCAUCUUCGUCGAAGUCCCGGUGGUUUUUGUUUAUGUUUGGGAUGACGAGGUUUCCAACGGAGAUGGAGCUGAGGGAUAUGAAGAUGAGACAGAGUCGGAUGAGGAGCCAAUCAUCGAUGUUCCGUUCGGUUCAAUGCGAUGAAAUGAACAAUGGCAACGAGGAUCGGAGCAGAGGGAAGGGGCUGUGGAGGCUGCUAAGGGUUUUGGGACUGGCGUCGCGCAGGAAGAGUCAGCAUUCAAACGCUGUCGUAAAGGCUUCCUUUGGUUGCAUUCCGCAUCUGUGA